AACAACAAUCCAAAUGCAACCAAUAACAAUAACAACAAUGCCAACACCAACAACAAUAAUAACAACAACAACGCUACCGACAAUGAUCCAAAAACGAAUUUGAUCGUUAACUAUUUGCCACAGACAAUGUCUCAGGAAGAUAUUCGAGCAUUGUUUGUUAGUUUCGGUGAAGUGGAAUCGUGUAAAUUGAUCAGAGAUAAAGUGACAGGUCAAAGUUUGGGUUAUGGUUUUGUCAAUUAUGUAAAGCAAGAAGAUGCUGAAAAGGCCAUAUCAUCAUUAAACGGUUUACGUUUACAAAAUAAAACUAUCAAAGUAUCUAUUGCCCGUCCUAGUUCUGAAUCUAUUAAAGGUGCUAAUUUAUAUGUCUCUGGUCUUCCCAAAAAUAUGACACAACCAGAUUUGGAACAAUUAUUUAGUCCAUAUGGAAAAAUAAUUACCUCAAGAAUAUUAUGUGACAAUAUAACGGGCGGGCCUAUUGACCAGGGUCUCUCAAAGGGCGUGGGCUUUAUACGUUUCGAUCAGCGUCACGAAGCCGAUCAGGCCAUAAAAGCCUUAAAUGGCACCAUACCCAAGAAUGCCACUGAACCGAUUGUGGUGAAAUUUGCCAACAAUCCAAGUAACAACAAGGCCUUCCAGCCGUUAACUGCUUAUUUGACACCACAAAAUCCAAGGACUCGCGGUUUUCCGGCAGCAGCGGCUGCUGGAGCUGCUGCUGCGGCCGCUGCAGCCGCCAUACAUCCCACAGCUGCAGGACGUUAUAGCUCUGUCAUUUCCCGUUAUUCGCCUUUGACUGGUGAUCUAUUGGCCAAUUCCAUGUUACCCGGCAACCCCAUCAAUGGUUCUGGUUGGUGUAUUUUUGUUUAUAAUUUGGCCCAAGAAACCGAGGAGAAUGUCUUGUGGCAGCUAUUUGGUCCAUUUGGUGCUGUACAAUCAGUAAAGGUUAUACGUGACUUGCAAACAAAUAAAUGCAAAGGUUUUGGUUUUGUUACCAUGACCAAUUACGAAGAGGCCGUAUUGGCCAUACAAUCCUUGAAUGGCUAUACAUUGGGCAAUCGUGUAUUACAAGUCAGCUUUAAGACAAAUAAAACUAAACAAACGUAAUUAUUAACAAAAUUGACUGCUGUUGUUAACCAUCAUCAUCACCACCACCACCUACAACAACAUCAUCACCACCAAAACCAUCCCA